GCGGCUCUAAAACAGAGUUGGGACAAAGGCCGGAACCCUAGCAACGCAGGCAGAGCGGAGCCGGCUGGUUGCAGAGUACGUCACUUCCGGGAUCCGCCACGGGGAACCACUUCCGGGGGAGCGGCCGGGCGGCGCGGGAGAAGUUGUCUCUGGAGAGUGGUGAAUCAGAGGACACCACAGGCAGAGGUGGCUGAGGCCAUGGCCUCCGACCUGGACUUCUCAGCUCCUGAGGUGCCCGAGCCCACUUUCCUGGAGAACCUGCUACGGUACGGACUCUUCCUGGGGGCCCUCUUCCAGCUCAUCUGUGUGCUGGCCAUCAUCGUACCUGUUCCCAAGCCCCACGAGGUGGAGGCAGAGCCCUCUGAGCCCAGAAGUGCGGAGGUGACAAGGAAACCCAAGGCUGCUGCUCUUUCCGCCAACAAGAGGCCCAAGAAGGAGGCCAAGAAGAAGCGGUAGAAGAGGAGGCCUGCAGAGCCAGGCGGGUGGGGCAGGGGCCUUCGGGGGGGCAGCCCUCUGGGACUCAACGUCCUGUUCCCUCAGUCGUCCCAGGGUCAGGGCUGAAGUGGCUGGGCCGCUGUCUGACCACAGAGAUCUGGACAAUCAUGACGGUCCCCAGGCCCCAGCUGGGCAGCCCACCACUUCCUCUUCCAUCUGCUUCGUGACAGUGUAGAGCCAAGGGACUAAAAGAGCGUGUGUGCAGAGGCUGUGUAAGAAGUCUGUUCAGAAGUUGGGUCAGCUCAGAGUGACAUGUCCAUACUUAAUCAUCGCGGCCAGCCUUCAGUCCCCCACUUGUGGAUUUCUACUACAUUUUAGAGUCGUGAUCUCAUGCUGACAAGCACCGCCCCUGCCGUUACGUGUGUGCGCUGCGGAUCUGCUGAUCAGCCGCCUUAGUGUCUGCUGCACAGAUGGAGCCAGGCCAGGUCGUCCCCGUGUGUUUAGGUCAAGACGCCAUGGCCACUGCGAUGUAGGUGGUCCCUCGGGUGCAACAGCCAGGUCCGAAGCUGGCGGGAGAGCCGGUGGGAAAGCCAGCCAGGGUUACGCCUGCUUCUCCGCUGGCAGACGGAAGGGAGUGGGCUGUAUGAGUGCAUGUUCUUGGGCCCAAACUUUCUUAGCCUCUGAAAUGGGGGGCUUGUCCAUCUCAGACCGACCUCUUUUCAGCCCAUCUUGGCACAUUCCGCGUGUGUCCUUUAGCUUCCAUCUGUACACUUCCCCUCUCCCCUCUCCCUCCCCUCUUUCAACCCCAGAACAGUGAGGAAACGUCAUCUGGGCAAGUAAAUGUCAAUAAACUGCUCCCGUGCA